AAAGGAGGAUGUCUCAAUUGUCAGUGAAGGAACAUCUGGAUGGGAUCCUUUCAGACUUCGAAGCCUUGAAAAAGUCCUUUGAGAUGGAAGAUGUGGAAGAAGUCCCUUCAUGCUCAACCAGAUCUUCUGUAAAUCCCGGCCCCUCUGAAAACGGAGAGGGGAAAAGAACCAGAGGACCCGUGCAGAGCAUCUAUCCAUCUCCCAUCGGCCUGAGCAACAUCUCCAGCCCUUCGCACAGUCCGAUCCCCAAAACCAGGAUCACGAACAGCCUGUCUUUCAACCGAGGUACCAUUCAUUUGCCUCGGGCUAAUGGAACCAACCUCGUCAGGGUGUCCUCUUUUCAAACUCGGCUGAAUCCCAAUGGAUUCUCUUCAUCUUUAGGGCCAGGAAGCGAUGAGAGUCUUCACAGUUCUUCUUCCAGUUUGGAGUGUCCAACACCCACAAUAUGCCCUCCGAAUCCUGUUCGGCAAUCCGAGUCCCCUGGAAUUGAGAUCUCUCAGCUAUCUAGUCCUUUGCUGAAGAAGUUCUCAUCCCAUGGGAAUGUCUUCCAUGCCGAGGUAGAGCGUCCGAUCCGGCAGGUCUCCAAGGCUACCGUGAAUCACAGCUCCUUGCCUUCCCUUGACUUGCAUAUCGCAGAAGACCAGGGGCCCGGUCCUACCCUUUGCUCCACCUCGAACAUUGACCCUACCAACAGGUGGAGCUCCCAAGACCAAAAUUCUAUCUCGCCUCUUCCAAAGAAUAGAACGUUACCGCGAAAGGAUUCUCCUUUCUCUGCCAUGGGGGCAGGCCAGCUGGCCAAUGUGACUUCGGUGGGUUCUUUGGCCUCCAAGCAAACUGCAAAGCUUCAAACGUUUCCCACCAGCCUGGAGAAGUUCAUUGGAACCCCACCAGUUCUCCCUUCAGUAGGUGAUCCUGGGCUCAAAUCUUUGCCUAAGGCCCAGCUUCAGAUCAACUUUGGCCACAGCCUGUCUCAUCCGUCUCCAGAACUGACCAACAAGGAUCAAGUGAUCAUAACUCAUGACACUUCCCUAGCAACCUGUUAUGGAAGCCCGCCAGAGAUAUCAGAAACAGAGCAAAAAGCUCCUCGUCCACCAUCUGCCUCUUUCCAGCUUGUCUCUCAAUCUCCAACUUCUCACGCUACUCCCCAGUCUUCUGCUCUUGGGUCUCCAGUGACAGCGCCACCUCCCCAAGGGAGCCCGGCUUUGCCCAACCCAAGAGAAAACUGUCAUGCUCUGAUAGAUUCCCUCUCCUGUCAGAAUGCUUCCAAUACUUCAAACUCAGGAGUGCCUUUUAGCUCGGGGAAAGAGUCUGGGGACCAGCGUCCGGAGAUCUUUGAGAAGAAGGAUGAGUCUGCAGAGAGGAACUCAUUAAAAGAAGAGAUUCAUCCCAAGCUUCAGCAGCUGAGCAUGGAGGACAAUCUAGCAGGAGAACCAACUCCCCAGGAUGGUCCAGCCCUCAAGACCACGGAUGGUGGAUUAUUCGGCUACGUGGGGAUUGAGGCCGUCCUGGACCAGAUGCGUAUCAAGACCAUGAAAACCGGAUUUGAGUUCAACAUCAUGGUUGUAGGACAGAGUGGUCUUGGCAAGUCCACCAUGGUCAACACCCUCUUUAAAUCCAAGAUCAGCCGGAAAUCAACUUGUUCCGGGUACGAGGAGCGUAUUCCCAAAACUGUGCAGCUGCUUUCUGUCACCCAUAUUGUUGAAGAAAAAGGUGUGAAGAUGAAGCUGACGGUCACAGACACCCCAGGAUUUGGGGACCAGAUUAACAAUCAAAACUGCUGGGAGCCAAUCAUUCAAUAUAUCAAUGACCAGUAUGAGCGUUAUUUGAAAGAGGAAAUCCUGAUUAACCGCAAGCAGAAAAUCCCAGACACCCGUGUACAUGCCUGUGUAUAUUUUGUCCCUCCCACAGGUCACUGGCUCCGCCCCUUGGACCUGGAGUUCAUGAGACGUCUCAGUAAGAUCACCAACGUGGUGCCGGUCAUCGCCAAAGCGGACACCUUGACCCUUGAGGAAAGGGCAGAGUUUAAACAGAGGGUCCAGAAAGACCUGAAGGCCCACGGCAUCCAUGUUUACCCCCAAGUAGACUUUGACGAUGAUCCAGACGAUCGGCUUUUGAAUGACAAAAUCAGGGAGAAAAUCCCCUUUGCAGUCGUAGGAGCAGACAAGGAACAUCAGGUGAAUGGGAAGAAGGUCCUGGGUCGCAAGACCAAGUGGGGGAUCAUUGAAGUGGAAAACUCAGCUCACUGUGAGUUUCCUUUGCUGCGGGAUCUCUUAAUCCGGUCUCACCUCCAGGAUCUGAAGGACAUCACCCACAGUGUACAUUAUGAACAAUACCGCAUCCAGCGCCUCAAUGAAAGCAACCGGCUGGCCAAAGGUGGCGAGUGGCUGGCACUGAGCUCCCUCACCUAUGAGCCACAGGGACAGCAUCGUCUCCCCUGCACGGCCUCAGCCCCACCACCCCUCCAGUAGCUUCUGCAGAUUGUUUUCCUCUUCCUUUUUCUUUUUUUUGGGGGGUGGGUGGGGUGGGGUGGGGGAAUUAGCUGGAGCAAUGUUCCUAGAAGACAUCACACUCCCUCUGUAGCCCUUGUGUGUUUUCUCAGCAUUUAUGCCCUACUGCUGGACACCUUUCUUUCCAUCGGUCUUCCAUCCAGUUUCACACCUCGGAGAAGAGCAAUGCUGGAACGGCUGGCAAUUUAGCCCACCUUUUCGCAUUCUGUGCCAUGAUCUGCACCACGUGGCUGUCUUUUUGGCAACCUCGGCUUCUCAGCUAACCUCCCUGCGUCUUCCAGGAAAACCUCCAGGCUGCCUUUGAAAGCAGGUUCUUCUUUUCAGAUGUUUGGAUGCGAGCCCCCUGUCCCUAGCAGACCUACUUCCUUCUUUAUACCACACCUAAUUCUCUCCUUGGAUUCAUCCUAAAACUAGAGGCUUCAUGGCAUUUCCCUGUCACUCUUAUGGGGUGGGGUGGGUGGGCAAGAGACCCUGAAGAUUUUGCUUUGGUUUAGAGAUGGAGCUCACAAACUCUGUUAGCCCAAGGGGUGACUCUUUCUUGUAGAUUGUCCCAAACUUGGAGGUUGGUAGCAGUAAGAAGGUAUGAAAGCAAAUGCGGUCUUCAGGUGAAGAGCCAACCUUCCUAUGUGACUUGGACUGACUGAUAAGACCCAAAUGACUCAUCUGGAAAGUGAGUGGACAGCAGGAGGAAUGGCAUAUCACAAGCAAUCUUCUCACAAUCUUCUCACACCUUCUCCAAACUUAUGAGUUUCUGACUGUGGAAUGCCCCUUCUGGAUAUUUCUCAUCCUGAGAUCUACAGGUCUGGAACAAUGCAGAAGAUUAGUUCCAGCCUGGUCCCAUGUUGGCGCAGAAGAAGAGACCUGGGAAAACUUUUUCCAUUUUCUAGAAUUUGCUUAGCUGGUCAAGUUUUUUUGUUCCCUCCGUGACAUUGACACUCCUGAGCGAAAGGCUCUUGGUCAACUUGUGAGUCUUUCCAGUUAUUCAUUAAAUCCCAGUUUAGAAGGUUUGGAGUUUUUCUUUUUUUCCUUUGUUGGGGGCAAUUUAAUUUCAAUGUAGAAUGGAGCUCCAAAGAUCAGGUAGACUAUCCCCCUCCAUCAGCUACUGGAGAUCAGGUAG